GUUCCGAGCCACAUCAUGUCCGACUCAGACCAUCCAGAGACUCUCGAUGACUCUUUGAGUCUACACUCUCUCGCUUCCUCCCUCCCCCUCGAUACCGACCGAUCAGUGUCUUUCUCAGAUACCAGCCCUAGUAUCAUGAUGACGGUCCCACCCCAUCUUCGCCGCAAGGGCGCAGCAUUUCUCAGGUUGGAGGAAAGCCAAGAUGAGCUCGUCAAUACGAAAGUACGCAAUGCGGUUCGGGCGCAUGCCGCGUUGAAGAAGCAACUCGAAGAAGAUGUCGCGUUGGAGACGGCGAGCGUUCAAGUUGAGAGCACUGGCAGUCACGCGCGCAUGGUGGAGGACUGA